UGAGCCGGAAGUUUUUUUUAACUAGUACACAGGCAGGCCCUCGCAUUCUUUUUUUUUUUUCGGUGCGGUAGAGAGAGAGAGAGAGAGAAAAAGAGAGGGAGCGGCGAGAAAGAAGAGAGAGAGAUUGUAUAUCCUGCAGCUACAGUGUCCAUCAUGUCUGGGUCUCCCAGUAAAGCCACCAGAAUGACUUCCACAGUCACGAUUAACAUCUCCACUCCCAGUUUCUACAACCCAACCAAAAAAUUUGCACCAGUGGCCCCUCCCAAACCUAAAUUUGGAGUGCAAGCUUCUAGCCACUCCCCUGUACCCCCCAUGGACCAAUCCGAGGCCAGCCAGCCUCCAGCCAACACAGUAACCCUUCCUCCCUCAAACCUUGUGACUUCAUUAAGCUCCACCAUUCCAGGCAGCUCCAGGGCUAUGAUAGGUCGAGUUGGGGACAUACCACUGCCGGCUCCGCCCGCUCCAGUUGCAGAAGAUUUCCCACCCCCUCCUCCCUCAUUGGUUGACUGUGACCUGCCGAGCCCACCACAGUGUCUGGACAACACACCCCCUUCAUUUGAGACCGCCCCCACCAGCUUCCCGGCUCCUCCCCUGCCACCACCCCCCUUUGAGGAGAGGCCCUUCCCAGCAACCCCCCCCUCUGCUGAAGAGACCUUCCCUGGAAGGGAAGUGGACAACGCUGGGAACCAGAAAUCGUACCAAAAGCAGACCAGUUUUGACCAGCAGCUGGAUUCCCUGACCAGCAUGCUGUCUGAAAUGGAGCAAAGCAACCCAUUCAAAAACACUGUGUUUUCUGCUCAAGGCCACCCCUCUUCUGCUGCCACCCCAGGUUCUGUAAAAGAGGCCCCGAAACCUGUCAAAUUCUCUCCCAAACCCGCUGCCCCGCCUCCUACAGCUCCCAAACCCGUUGUUGGGGAUCCAUCCUCUUCCUUUGAUAGACCCAGCCCCCCUCCAUGGGCCGCCCAAAUCAAAGCCAGACAAAACCAGUCCAAAACCUUACCCCCAGACACUCAGGCCAUGCCCCCUCCCCCCUCAGCUAAUGAAAACCCUCCUAACUUCAAUUCUGCCAGGGCUAAAUUUACCAAGCCGCCCACUGUGAAUCAGGCCCCGUCACCUGCAGAUUUUGUCCAAUCAGCUCCUGCUGCACGCUUCACACCGCCUGCAGUCAACCAGGCCCCUCCCUCUAGCCUUGCCUCUUCCUCUGCCCGAGCUUCUUUCUCUCCCCAGCAAACUUCUCCCACUAAAACGGAGCCCUCCCUUUCCCAGGCGAGGUUUGCCACUCCCCCAGUUGUCAGCCGAGCUCCUGAGGCCCCACCCACAUAUUCUGGUCACACCUCUCAAGCUAGGUUUACCACACCCCCAGUUGUAAACCAGGCUCCAGUGGCUCCGCAACAAGGUGGGGGACCAAAAUCCUUGCCCACUUCUGGUGGCCACACCUCUCAGCCAAGGUUUGCGCCACCAUCUUCGUCAGCUGGUCCACGGCAAGCUCCUCCCACUCUGGGGAAACCAUCAAAAAACAAUGGACAAGUGCCUUCUGCAGGAGUAUCGGCUCCAGGUCCGGGCACCGCCCUUACUAUGAAGGAGGUGGAGGAGCUGGAGAAGAUGACUCAGAGAUUCAUGUUGGAGAUGGACAAGCCCCCUGUCAUUGAGACUACGGUUACAGAGUCGUGUGGCUCCUGCUCCCAGCCCCUGUCUCGGUCCCAGCCUGCAGUCAGGGCGAUGGACCGUCUCUUCCACACGGAGUGCUUCGUCUGCCUGGGCUGUAGCAAGCAGCUGCAGGGCCUGCAGUUCUACGAGGUGGAGGGGCGGCCCCAGUGCGAGGACUGCUACACUAGCACCCUGGAUAAGUGUGCUGUGUGCAAAAAGACGAUCACAGACCGCAUGUUGCGAGCCACGGGGAAUGCAUAUCACCCAGCAUGCUUCACUUGUGUGCAGUGCCACUGCUCCCUGGAGGGGGCACCCUUCAUCACCGACGAUGACAACCAGCCCUUCUGUGUGGACGACUACCACAGGCGCUUCUCUCCACGCUGCUGUUCCUGUCAGGAGCCCAUCAUGCCGGAGACCGGUAAAGACGAGACCAUCAGAGUGGUGGCUCUAGAGAGGAACUUCCACCUCAAGUGUUACCGGUGUGAGGACUGCAAUUGCCCGCUCUCCAUUGAAGCUGAUGAGAACGGCUGCUACCCGCUUGACAGACGCAUUCUCUGUCUCAAAUGCCACACCCACCGCGCCAAGCAAGCUGCAGCCUGAUUGGCACACCCACCAAGAUGAUUCUGAGAUUCUUAAAGGGGUAGAACAAAACCAAAACACAUUAUUUCCUUCCUUCUGAUUCACACAACGACUUUGUCUUGCCAGUCCCCUCGUCCAUUCUACCUCUUUCUUCCUCCGAUGAAGUCCUUUUAACCUUCCAUCACCACCCCCACACUGUAGAUUCACUCUUCCUGUACAGCAGAUAAUGUGACAAUACAUGGAAAUGAGGUAAAUGAAAAGAUUUGCAGGAGGUCUGGCAAGAAAGAGCAUUGUGCAAAUCAGAAGAGGGGAGACAAUGUGUUGCAUAGCAUUACCUAUUAACCAUUUAAAGCCAGCAAAUGUCAUGCCAGAGAACUUUUACAUCUAUAGGAGCACUAACCAAGGCUUCUCUAAAAUCCAUUGUCUUACCACUUAUUAUCAUUAGCAACAUUAUCACUGACCCCCCAUCCUUUUUUGCUUUUAAUUUAAACUUCAAUUUGAAUAUGCUGGUAUUUCAAAGAGAAAUACCAUCCACUAAACUGGCUAGCUAACAUUUGUGCUCGCUAAUCUGCAAGAAAAAUAAACUGCAGCAGGUAACUGAAAUAUCAACAGCAAUAUUAGGAGUGUUAGAUUCUUCAGAAAUCCAGAGCAGCCAAUAAAAAAACCUUGCAGCCAAUAGCAAUCCAAUAAUCCUUGCAUUCUAACUGUAGUUGUAAUCUCACAAUAACAGCCAACUUCAUGCCUAUUGUGUUGAACUGGGCUCACAGAGUGACAGUGGCAAGCAGGUUUCAAAAGGGGGGGACUUAUACUAAGCAGAUGCCAAUGAAUGUUAUUAUAUUAUCAAGCUAAACAUGAUUGAUUGAUUGACUGUCUGUCUGUGUGCAGCUCCAAUGAAACUAAACUCUGGAACAAUGUGGUAGGACCCCUUUGAAAGUGAAAUGUGUAUCUCAAGGGUUCUAACUUGAAUGAAUAAAAAAAUGUCAGACAGAACGUAAUUGGGACACUCUUUGCAGCUUAAAUGACACAAAAAAAUGUAUUCAUUAAAAACAAAAAAAAAAAAAAAAAACAUCAUUUUAUGAACAAAUUACUAUUUAUACAAAAUGUUUCUUUUUUUACCUUUUCUAAAUACAUUUCUUUUUUUCUUCCACAAUUGAAACACAAUUGCUUUAGUUUAUGAUGAGAAAAUUAAGGUGUUAAGUCUGUGAUUCUUUUUUUUGUGUGUAAGUUACUGGUGCAGUAGAAUGCUUUUCCACUCCAUCCACCUUUUACUAUUAUUAGAACCCCUUUCACUGCUCCCUCAUCGUUUUAGCCCACAUUUUCAUUUAGGAAAUUGUAAGUACCAUAGGAAAUUAGACAAAUAACCCAGUGUUCAAUAUUUCAUCCAUACACUCAGACCCUAUCCAGGGAAAACUAUAAAGCAGUAACAUAGACAAAGAUUUAUGCUAAUUAAUCAUUGUCCCUGAGGAAAGUCAAGAAACAGACAAAUGCUUUAGCGAAUGCUUUUAUCGGACAGUGUCGAGUUGAGCUUGUGAUGCUGUACAGGUAGUUCAUUCCUAACUUCAAACUCUCGAUCUGAAACUGCACAGAGGAAAUUUGAAGAAACAGAGUCAAGCAAACAUACAGAACUCCGCAGAAUGUUAUUAAUAGCUGAAGUAUUUUUCUACUUCGUUUGACCUUUUUCUGCUACACACACUGCCGUCAUGCUCCUUUGUUGGAAAUCUACGGUUGAGGUUGGCAAUAAAAAUAGGGUGGUGGGGAAGGUGUGUGAAACAUUUUGAACUAUCAUCCUGCAGUCAAGCCCCCUGGGGUGGUCAGUUAAAUGGAUCAGCUUAAAGCUCUGCAAGCUUUUAGAAUUUUAAUCUACAUUACUGUAACAAUGAUUUUAACAAUACACUGUUUGGUUUUUUAUAUAUUUUUUCCUUUCUGUACACUGUUACUGUAUUAUGCAAACCAGCACAGGAGAGUGCCAUGUUUAAACAAGUAUUAUUGUACUGUAUUACUGAAUCACUGUAUUCUCAUUAUUACAAACAUGUUAUUGUAACUGUUUUCUUGAAUGUUUACUUAUUUUUUGGUUCUUUUGGGGCCACAUCUGUAUAAUCAAUUAUUUGCCAAAUAAUAACAAUUAAUAAAACUAAUGAAUGCUU